AUUACAUUCAUAGUAACUCCUAAUAAGGAAUUGGGUGAUAGCCUAAACCUGCCCAUUUGCUGAUACCAGCUGUAUGGCUGAAGGAAGUAAGACUGCAAAGGAGGUCUUUAAAAAGACACUACCAAAGCUUAUUAACACACUUGGGAAGGAACCCCCUUUUACUAUUGUCACUGCUUUUUUAUAUGCUAAAGGACUGAUUGCAGAACAAGAACUUAAAGCCAUUAAGACCAAACAAGGUGUUGAAAGAGGUAGUGAAGUGGCUUUUAAGCUCACAGACAAGAUAAAGGAUAGUGAUGAUCCUACUGCCUGUCUACUUACGAUAUGUGAGAUAUUUGAAUCUGAUGAUGUAGAAAAUGAUACAUUGAAAAAACAUGGAGCAAGCAUGAGAGAGAGUAUAUCAAACGGCACAACUGCUACACCUCAAGUUUCUUCAUACCCUCCAACUGUGGCACCUAGGACAAACCCUAAUAAACUAAGUGCUUCAGACCGGUUUAGAAGAGUUUCUGAUAGACUUGUAGGCUCCAUAUCAUCUUGUCUGACUACAGUGUCAGGGAAACUUAAUGCAAGGAGGCUGAUAGCACAGGAGCUACAUGAUGAAAUGAUUAAUGGUCGUGAUAUUGAUUCAAAAAAAGCUGCCAAGCUAGUACAUGCAAUGCAGAAUACUCUUGAUGCCCAUGCUAAUCCUGAGACAUAUCUAAAUGAUGUGUGCUCAGCAUUGAAAGAUGUUGGAGAGAUACCAAUCACUAAUAUAGUGAAUGAAUUACAAUAGUGAAACAGAUUUAUUCUACUCAUAAUCAACUGCUGCAUUGAAUAAUUUAUUAGGUUUUGUGCAUGUGCUUUGAAUAUGACUUUAAUACAUUGUUUGUGUGAUUUUUUUA